UUUUUUCCAAGAUGGCUGCGUCCAUAAGAUCAACCGUUGCUGGAUGCACAUAAAUAAUGAGAUAGCCUGGUAGCUUGCUCAAAUGUGACAUUUUUACUGUUGUCGUAAUCUGGACUUGGAAACCAUAGCUGAAUCAGAUUGUUCACUAGGAUAUUGACGCAAAUACUUAGUAUCUAGACUAAGUACCGUCGCAGUGGAGACAACUUUUGGAGUGAACUUCUCCAGCACAGGUCCAGCAACCAGUUAAAAAGAUAAAAACAGUCCACGUUCUACUGACUGUGGUGGACAGGAGCUCGAGGUCCAUGGAUGCAAUGCUGGACAAAAUUUUGGCUGUUCUUCUUUCUCCUUGAUGGCACUAGUCAUAUCCAUGUGUGGAAGUUGCAAUGACGUGACAAUUUUUCAUCCUAAAUAUUCUGCUCUUGGAGCUUGAAUCAAGCAGUUGCAAUGGCCCGUCCAAAAGACAAGCGCCCUCUCAUUGAAAAUGAGCGCUUCCUUUCACGUUGUGCAAAGGAGGAAGAACGACUGCGCCUCUCAUUGUCCACCCAACUCAAAAAGGACAUGGACAGGUUGUUUGAGACAGGACUGCACAGUGACAUUACAUUGAAGUCAGGAUACCAAGAAAUAAAACUUCACAAGUUCAUUCUGAAAACUAGGAGUCUGGAGAUCCAUAACAGAUUACAUGAGGUGUGUACAGAAGCAGGGGGUGACGUGCUGAUACUCCCGGAAUGGGUCCAAGUCACCUCACUCAGGGAGGCACUCAGACAUCUGUACAGUACUCUAACUAUCCAGCCACUGUUAAGUGAGGACUCUGAUACCGAUGUAGGAAUAGUACAAGAUGUUAUUGGACUUCUAACAUUCCGGCAAAAACCUCAAAGGAAGAAUGAAGAUUCUGAACAUUCUGAUUCUGAGGAAAAUAGGACCAAUUCCAACACUGGGGACAUCUUGUCAGAGGCAGGUAAAUUAGAAUGUGAUAAACACAAUGGUGACACUACAAAUGGUACAGGAAAUAUAGAAGAAAGUUGUGUCCAAACUGAACCUAGUCAGCCUGUAUGUACUAAAUCUACCAACUCAGAACCAGCUGAUCCGAAUGUGAAUGACAAUGCUGAUGUAGAUUGUGCCUGUUCAACCAAGGAAAAUGUAGAAGCUGAAUUAGUUGAGUUGGAAAAUGAAGAAAAGAAAAUUAACAUAAAUGUAAAUGGUAAUGAUACAAUAGAUAGCUCUAAAACUGUAGAGGAUGACGAUAUAUGUGUAGAAAAUGCUAGUUCUGAUGAUGUGAAGAACUCCGGCAAGGAAGAUAACUCUUCACUUGAAGACCUGAUCAAGAUGACCUAUGACCUCAGUAUACCUUACAAAGCCUGUGACUCCCUAGGAGAAGGGCUGUUGAGGGGAUACCUAAAGGAGCUGGACCCUGACUGUGUCAUAUCGAUCUCUGGAGCCCAUUUCAAGGCACAUAAGUGUAUAUUAGCUGCCAGGUGUGACUACUUCGCUGCCAUGUUGGGAGGAUCCUGGAUGGAAAGUGAUGCCCAGGAGAUUAACCUUGAAGGGAUGAGCCCACCAGUAAUGGAGCAGGUACUGCUCUACCUGUACGGAGGAGUACUGGACCUCGAGGCAUGCUGUCCUAUAGGAGAGGUUGUCAUGGUAGCCGACAUGUACGGUCUACACGGACUCAACACCAUUGUCACGUACAACCUGAAAAAGACUUACUGCCAUUUCUUCCACAAGCCUUGUAGCGGUUGUGAAACAGGGGUCGUAGAAACACUGACCUCAGCCCUGUCCUUUAACCUCUGUGAGUUACGAGACAAGUGUAUCGACUGGAUCAACAACAACAUGGUCAAGGUCUGGAGAACGAAGGCAUUCACCACACUGCCUCCCGAGGCCAUGGAUAUGGUCUGUGACUUUGCAAUACGGCGUCUGAGUAUACAGUGUGUGAUGGAGGUGAUGUUGGAUUGUCAGAAGUUGAACCGUAACAUUCCCCGGCUCAAGUGGUGUGAGCCGGUACUGUCAGCUGUAACCAGACUCAUGGACAGUUCCAUAGAAUACAUGGCCAAAAAUUUCAUCUGUCUUCUCAAUAGUGGCAAACUCCGCGACAUUGAUACGACCCUGGCCUACCAGAUGGGACUACUGGAGGAGAUCUUCGGGACAGUGAUCAUGUCUUUACCUGUGUCAGGAGCCUGCCAGGUGUUUGAACGGCUGCACGCGCUCAACAAGGCUUCAACUUCAGAGGAAAUGGAGUCUGUCUGGAGUGAGGAGUUCUGUGCCUUUAUCCAAUCUCUAUACAAGAUGUGCGAGGACUUCAUGAAACUCCACAUCCACCGGAUGGCGCUAACUAAGGACUGGGAUUUACUCAAUAAGGACCUACAAACACACCUAAUGGAAAAUUCCAGCUUUGUUGUGCUAGAUAUGUCUGUUAAGCAGAAGAAAAUGGGUCCAAGAUUUGCAAGGAUGCAAAAGAAGAAACCUGAGGUCAAAGAACAGAAGACAACACUAAAAGCCAGACCUGUAUUGACAAGUGACCAAACACGUAAAUUGUCCGGGCCAAGUAUGUCACGCACAAAGUCGGCCGAUGACAAGGCUAACAGACUGGCGGGGAAGUCUUCACUACACAGUCAAACUAAAGGAGGGAGCAGAUCCAUGGGGCCACAGAACAGAUCAGGGAAAACUACGGGAGAUAGGGCGCCACGCUCUCAAACGACACCACGCUCUCAAACGACACCACGCUCUCAAACAAAGCAGGAAAAAUCCCUCAAUUUCCCGUGUUCUGAUGGUAAACACUGUGAGAAUUCUUCAAAGGGAAAUAACUGUGAAAGCACAGACACUGAAGUGGAAUCUGGGUCAAAUUCAGGUGUCAUUGAUGUCACAGAGAACUGCGGCCAUGACAGGGUUUGUCUUCCCGGGCAAAGUUUCUUCGGAAGUUCUGAAGAAGACCUGGGUAUCGAUGAAUCAAUUGCUGCUGAAAGACACAACUUGGAUGGACUGGCAAAUGAACUUGAUCUGAAUCCUGUAGUUCAAAGAUUACUGAAUGCUGAAGGUCAAAGGUCAGAGAUAUCAGUGAAUGCUGAAGGUCAAAGUUCGAAAAUGUCACUGAAUGCUGAAGGUCAAGGGUCAGCAACAUCACUGAAUGCUGAAGGUCAGGAUGAAGCCUGCCCAGCUCACUAUGAGCAGGUGUAUGGUUAUGAUGGAGAGGCCUUGGACCCAACAACAUCCGACAUGGAGUUUUCUAGUCAAUUACCAGAUCCUUUAGUGUUCAAUGUAGAACUUAUUCCUAUCUUCAAUGUCUCAUUUUUUUAUAGCAAUACGUAACUUUGAAAACAAAUACUACAUUCUAAUAGUAGAUUCUGCUGGUUUCUAGUUUUAGAUACAAACAUAUAUGAAUUAUCAAUAUCUCUUUAUUGUAUUCUACUUAUAAAAUGUAAUGUUAUGAAAUUCUCUCUGAGAUACAUGCAAUUAUGAAUUGCUUCAAUUAUGAAAAAAACACUUUAAAAGCGGGCCUGAGAACUUUGAGCUAUAAUCAUUUUUUUCGUUUUUUUCUUGUAUAUUUACUAGUAAUAUUAACUUUUCAACCACAAUUUCCCAUAGGACCCAUAGGAAACAUUCUAAAUAGUGUUAUUUCAGACUUUUACUCUAUAGCUACAUGUAGCUGAGCUGAUAUUGCUGAAGUAAAAUAAGUGGGACAUUUUAAUACCAGUUACUGAGUUUAUACCAAGUGUACACAUUCCUAUGAAACAAACAAAACAUUUAUACAAAGAUGAUCUUCACUUUAACUAAAUAACCCCUCCAGUCAGUAUCACUUUGAUUUCAAGUUCACGUCAUACAAUGAUCAGUGAUAAUUAGUGCAGGUUUUGACUGAAGAUGUGAUAGUUUUAGGCGUUAAAUUCAUUUUGAUACAAUUUUCAAACCCGUCUCCCCCUGAUUUGUUGGUACAUUAAGACUUUCAUUUGAAAACUGAAUUAUAUACUCAGUCUAAAGGAGUAUAUCAAUGUGCAAAUCAUCUUCAAUGAUUUCUAAAUUCACAAUUUACUUAACAUUGCUAUUAUAUGGCAUGCAUUAAAUUAUGUUGUUUUUUAAUUAAUUUUGUGAUUUAUGAACUAGUAGGUUGUAACUACCCUAUUUAAAAUAUUUCAUUUAUUCUUUAUAAUAUGGAUCAACCACUGUUUGACAAGAAACACAUAUUCAUAUAAUUAUACAAAGAGUUUUGAGUGUCUUCUUAAUUAUUUAUUAAAUGAAUUGUUUAAUUUAAUUAAAAAUUGAAUGUCCCUGUAUAAUGUGAACAUAUAGAUGUUUUUCUUUCUUUAUAUAUUAAGAUGCUUUAUACCUAGAUAUAAAUAUGCUAUAGUCUAUUGCAAUGGCAGAAUAGUAUUUUUUGUUGAGUUAUAAAUGUAAUUAUAUAAAUAUCCACCACAAAGUGUAGAAUUCUGAGGACCAUGAACUUUCAGGAAUUUUGAUCUACUGUGAUAGAGAGGUAUUUUUUUGUGAUAUUUAGAAUGUAAUUUACUCUGAUGCUGUUGAAAAAAAUGGCCUUGAAUAUAAAUGCCAAGGUGAUCAUAUUUGUUGAAAUUCUUGAACUACUUCUAGAGAACUAUAACACCUAGAGUCAUUUUGGUAGAGUGAGGAACACUGAGGUUGUUAAAUAGAUUGUUUCAUCUUGGCUCAUGUUAAUGGGAACUUACAUGAUGGAUCAAAAUAUUAUAUAAAACAAGAAAACCUCUGACAUUUGGUUGGUUUUUGUUUAACGUCCUAUUAACAGCCAGGGUCAUUUAAGGACGUGCCAGGUUUUGGAG